AUGAGCGACGCCAAGACCUUCUCCCAGAUCCCCAUCCUCCCGCUUUCCAAAGCGCUCGACCCAGCGACUAAGCCUCAGUUCUUGGACGACUUGCGUUCAGCACUACUGAAUGUAGGCUUUUUGUAUCUUUCAGAAACUGGGCUGCCGGACGAGUUGGUGCGAAAUGUCAUUAGUGAGUGUGGAGGAUUCUUCGAGAAAUUACCCGUGAAAGAGAAGGAAGCGAUCGAGAUGAAGAAUCAGAAGAGUUUCCUGGGGUGGAGCAGAGUCGACAACGAAACCACGGCCUUCAACCCAGAUCACCGCGAACAACUAGAUCUCUCAACACCACAUCCCGUACCUGGACCUGAUGCGCCUUUAUAUCACAACCUGCUCGCACCUAACCAAUGGCCGUCGACGCAGUACCUCCCGGCAUUCCGACCCGUCUACGAAGACUACAUGCGGCGCAUGUCGCACAUCUCAACUCUAUUCACUUCGCUCAUUGCCGAAGCCAUCGGCCUGCAGCCUGAUGCCUUCAACAAGUUCUUCGACAGAGACCAGCAGCACAAGCUCAAGAUUGUAAAGUACCCCGAGGUUGACGUGCCCGACCUGCCAAGCGGUGCAAGCGAGAUUGAUAGGAAGAAAUGGGAGAUCAAGCGGCAGGGCGUCGGUCCACAUAAAGAUAGCAUGUUGACUAGCUACCUCUUACAAGCAAGCAACCAGCUCGGUCUGCAAGCGCAGAAUGCAAAGGGCGAGUGGAUAGACUGUAAGCCCAUUGACGGCACACUCGUCGUUGCUAUUGGGCAGGGCAUGGAAGCGUUGACGGACGGUGUGUGCGCAUCAACAACGCAUCGCGUGCUUAGUCCACGCAGAGGCGAAGGAGCGAGGUACUCGGUUCCGUUCUUCCAAGGCGUGAGCUACGACGCCCAGUUCGAGGCCAUGGACGUGCCCAAAGAGGUGCUGAAGUUGCGCGACGAGGCACGCAAAGCGCGCAAGGAUGAUGUGGAGUUUACGUUUGUCAAAGGACGAUGGGGUCACCUUGGCGAGGCUACGCUCAUGAACCGCGUGAAAUCGCACCCAGAUGUUGGCGAGCGAUGGUAUCCCGAGCUGCUGAAGCAGAUUCGCGCGCAACAGGCGGCAGCGGCCAAAGCGUCGUGA